AUGAUACACGAGCGUUUAUCAAACAAAACUGAAGAACAACUUUUCCACAGACUAGACUUGAUACACGAUCGUUUAUCAAACAAAACUGAAGAACAACUCUCCCACCGACUAGACUUGAUACACGAGCGUUUAUUAAACAAAACUGAAGAACAACUUUCCCACCGACUAGACUUGAUACACGUACGUUUAUCAAACAAAACUAAAAAACAACUUUCACACCGACUAGACUUGAUACACGAGCGUUUAUCAAACAAAACUAAAGGACAACUUUCCCACCGACUAGACUUGAUACACGAACGUUUAUCAAACAAAACUGAAGAACAACUUUCCCUCCGACUAGACUUGAUACACGAGCGUUUAUCAAACAAAACUGAAGAACAACUUUUCCACCGACUAGACUUGAUACACGAGCGUUUAUCAAACAAAACUGAAGAACAACUUUCCCACCGACUAGACUUGAUACACGAACGUUUAUCAAACAAAACUGAAGAACAACUUUCACACCGACUAGACUUGAUACACGAGCGUUUAUCAAACAAAACUAAAGGACAACUUUCCCACCGACUAGACUUGAUACACGAUCGUUUAUCAAACAAAACUGAAGAACAACUUUCCCACCGACUAGACAUGAUACACGAGCGUUUAUCAAACAAAACUGAAGAACAACUUUUCCACCGACUAGACUUGAUACACGAGCGUUUAUCAAACAAAACUGAAGAACAACUCUCCCACCGACUAGACUUGAUACACGAGCGUUUAUUAAACAAAACUGAAGAACAACUUUCCCACCGACUAGACUUGAUACACGUACGUUUAUCAAACAAAACUAAAGGACAACUUUCCCACCGACUAGACUUGAUACACGAACGUUUAUCAAACAAAACUAAAGAACAACUUUCACACCGACUAGACUUGAUACACGAGCGUUUAUCAAACAAAACUAAAGGACAACUUACCCACCGACUAGACUUGAUACACGAACGUUUAUCAAACAAAACUGAAGAACAACUUUCCCUCCGACUAGACUUGAUACACGAGCGUUUAUCAAAUAAAACUGAAGAACAACUUUCCCACCGACUAGACUUGAUACACGAGCGUUUAUCAAACAAAACUAUAAAACAACUUUCCCACCGACUAGACUUGAUACACGAGCGUUUAUCAAAUAAAACUGAAGAACAACUCUCCCACCGACUAGACUUGAUACACGAGCGUUUAUCAAACAAAACUAAAGAACAACUUUCCCACCGACUAGUAGUGGCGAAGCUAGGGCUCCAAACUAAGGCAAGCCCAAGAUAUGGUUUUGCUACUUUUAGCAGUUUAAUAAAAAUACACCAAUCUUGA